CAAAAUGAUAAUGAAAUGUGACGUCACAUUACGUAAGUCUGUCCUAAAUGUAUGGAAGAUCAAGGAAACUGCCAUUUUGACCCUAAAAUAUUACGUUUAUGUGUAUAGUUGUCAUACAAUUUAUUUUUCAAUAAAAUGUAAGGAAUCUAAUUUUCUUUUCUGUUUUUGAAAGCCAAAAAUAUAUAUUUUUUAACACUUUGGAGCCUUGUAUUUUUUUUAUAAUCUCAAUAUAUGUUUUUAAAUAAAAAAUCCACUUUUUUAUAAUGGAUGGCUAAUUUUUUAUGCAUUUAACUCAAUUUUGUUAUAAUAUUCAACAUGUGUCAAGUACCUACCCAAUUAAACAUUUUAAAAAUUAAAUUAAAUGAUAAUGCUAUAAAUAAAGCUAAUGCAUACAUAAAAUUAACUUGAAAUACUUACAUAGAAGGAGUUUUCUCAUACGGUUUCUCUGGCAAGGAGAAAAAUAAAGUAAGUAUAUUUCUUUUACCCCACCUGACCUUAAUGUUGUUUGUAUUUAUAGCACUACAUUUGGGUCUACAAUUUGCAAUUUGUUGAGCGAUAACUAGUGUCGGAGCAAUCUGUUGAAAUACGUCGGAUAGAUCUAUUAGACCGGGCGCCGGGCCAGGAGCAUAUAUCGUCAGUAAUCGCCUACCGGCUGAUACCAAUUUUUUUUUUAUGUGUUUCGGUGGCUGCCUUUUCUCAACCCAAUAACGGAGCGGCAGCUGACGUCCACGAGGGUUCAUGAUAGGUACCAAAUUCAUAGCCGUUAACCACUAUACGAGUUAUCGCCCGAGAAGCGAUUAGUCAUGGAAAUCUGUUCCUGGCUCGUGGUAUAUAUUAUUUUCUGGUUUCAACUGUUAAGUUUAGUCUAUCGGUUGUAUACUCGUAAAGAAGACAUAUUGUGUGUAAUAUAACUAAUAUAUUUAGUUUUUUUUUUCUUUUAUAUUAUUCUUAUUUUUUUUAUUGUUUUUUUUUUCCACUAACAUAGUUAUUAAGAUACUCUGUAACUAACAAGCUAUGGAUCAACUUGGUCUGAAAUAAAUGAUUUAUUUAUUUAUAUUGAAAUAUCUCUACAAUAGUUACAACUUUAGAGAAAAGUUUAUUUGACCUAGGUAACCUGCUACCAGUCUGCUACAUAUUUCCUUACACGCUAAAACCGAGUAGUAGGUACCUCUACCGUUGAUUUUUAAUUCUGAUGUUAAAUAUAAAAUUACAACUGGGAGCGAAUUCAAUUUUCUUCCGUGCCAAGGGAAAUAAAUUGGGUUUUAGAAUAGGUAUUAUAUCUGAAGAAAAACUAAAACCAGCUUCUGCACUUUUAGGAAAAUAAGUUUUAGAUACCUAGAGAGAAAAAAUAGAGAUUUCCGGCUAAGUACGAGUAGUUAUGUUAUAGGUGGAUUAAAGAGGCCAUGACACUUCGCAUCCUAUUAUGACAGUUAAUUAUGACGAACAUAACGACAAUAUUUCCCCGUCGUAUCUACUGUACUAUAUGCUGUAAAGGAGUAAGUAAGUAAGUAAAUAUUCUUUAUUGCACCAACAAUUAUACAUGUAAAACUACAAAUGAAUUUUAAAGGAAAAUAGAACCAGGUAACAACAGGCGGUCUUAUCGCUAAAAAGCGAUCUCUUCCAGACAACCUUUGACCUUAGGAGAUGGCUCUAAUGAAUCUAAAUUUGUUUAGAAUUCAUGUUCUGUCCACCUUCACCUCUAUUAUCAAUUCAUAUACUCCAUGAUAAUGUUUCACUUCCGUCCAACAUUAUAACGAGCCUAUUGUGUCCCACUGCUGGGCAAAGGCCUCCCCCCUCUUCUUCCACUCAUCCCGAUUUUGAGCUACGACCGGCCAGUCCCUCAUACAUACUGCUCUAUAUAUAUUAUUAAUGUACCUUACCUAUGAAUUAUAAAAAAAUAAAGCGAUCACCAACUGAUGAGGCUAGUCUAGAAUCGAACCCGCGCAACCUCUAGCCAACUUACCGCCCAUCGAGACGAAUUUUACCUUAUUUUGUCAGCUUUGAACUUGGGCUACCCAAAAGUCCCACAGCCCGAUUGGACGUUAGCAAAAUAAGAUCUAAAAUACUAAUAAAAACACUAUCUUCGUCCUCCCAUAGUCCCGGCAUUUUGCCACGGCUCAUGGGAGCCUGGGGUCCGCUUGACAACUAAUCCCAAGAUUUGGUGUAGGCACAAGUUUUUACGAAAGCAACUGCCAUUUGACCUUCCAACCCAGAGCCACUUUGUAUACUUUUGAAACUUGUCAUCGAAUUAGUCGAAAGAAAGUCAAUAUUAUUUAAUGACACUCUUUAGAAUAUUCAGGCACUCAAAGCUUAUUUUUUUAAUUUACAAAGCUCCCCACGUGCCAGUACUUGUAAAGUUAAACAUAAGCUUACAAGAGAAUAACUUGUUAACUGCUAUUUAAAGUACGCACAACAUUCAACCUACUCAUCUUAACGCAUAUUAAGACGUUGAAACUUUUUAAUUUCCCGAAGAAUGCCGAAAGUUUAGAUUGUUUUCCCUGAUCAAAGUGUUUCGGCCAACCUUGCGAGGGUGGCAGGGGGAAUGGGCGGGGCCAGCCGGGAUCAGCAACAGGUCCAGCGAGAUCGAUAUCUGCGGGAAGCUGGCGCAUGCGCGCCGCGCACUGCAUACACCAUGCGCUCUCUGGUGAUGCUCUGGCUGUCAUUACUAACCCCAGAAGGUGAAUGCGACCUCCUCCGUGACAGCGUCCACGUGACAUCGGCCGCCGCGAGGCCCAACAACGACCUGUGGUGCUAUAAGUGCCUGGCGGAGGUGCCCGAGGACAAGUGCGCCGACCUGCGCCACAACAACUCGGCGCUCAUCAGCAAGUGCCACAACGACCGGCCCAUGUGCAUGGUCAAGCGCUUCUCCUAUACAACAUCUAAUGAAAACUCCACGACAGAUCUCAAGAUGUGGGCGCUCGAGCGGAACUGCACCAAGCACUGCGAACCUGGCUGCAUCAUCAUCGGAGAACGAACGAAACUAUACGCCUGCACGUCAUGCUGCUCUACUUCUCUAUGCAACUACGGGUCCAGUGCCAGCAGAGGAACUCUACAACUGAAGCUGCUGUCCGUAACUCUACUCGUCAUCGCGGCCAUCACCAGACUAACAUUAUGAUCACUCCUUAUCUAAAUAAUUGUUGAUGUCAUCUGGCAAGCCAACCAAGUCAGUAAGGAAUUAUGGGAUCAAAAGUGUAACUGUGGUAGGUAAUAUUUUGUUUAUUAGUGAGGGAGGCAUCAUAUUUAUAAAAUAUGUACAUUAAUAUGACUUACGUGUUAGCUCACUGCAUCGGAGAUUGAGACCAAAAUAUUCACAAUCACUUGCUAAUAAACAACUAUGUACUUACACACAACACGUUAUCAACCAUCAACCUAUCUAUACACAAUAACGCUUCAAUGUUGGGCACUGGUCUAUUACCGCGAAAAUAGAAAUUCGAAAAUUGCUGGCAUCUUUCUUUUUUACUCCAAUUAAGACGUAAUUAGAGUGACAGAGAAAGAUGCCCGCACUUUGCGAACUUCGGUUUUCGCGGCAGGCCCCCUGGACAGUCCUCCUCUCAUAGCCGAGAGGGGUUGGGCGUUAGGUCAUGGUUGAUGGUUGAACGAUAGUCCCCAAGUUCGUCCAGUCCAGGGAGGGAAUUGCAUUAACACGCUGUGCAAGACAAACUUAAUCCGAUAGUUUGUUCUAUAGAAAUGCAGGUGCACGACGAUGUGAAAGACAGAACUGUCUAUUUCACAUUGCCAAUUUAUUUUCCAAGCACACACAGAAAAGUUCACGGCAAAUACUUAUGUUAUUUAUUUUACUUAGUCCCAAAAUCAACAUGGUAUGGCUAGUCUUUGAUAAAAAUUACUUAUAUCUAAGUAAUCUAAGUAUCGCAAAAAAAUCUUUUCAAGCACCCAUUGACGUGACACUUGACACUGAAAGCAAAACAAACUACAGUAAUUUUUACCUUCGAAUUUUUUCUUUUGUUUUUUGACAUUUUUAAUUUUAUUUUCGUGACGUCUCUCUCAGUAUAUCCCAUGAAUAUCAUAUAACAUAACUAUAACUUAUAGGUAACUAAACUUAUCUGAGCAAUGCUGCAAUGGGUGGGAAGUAGUAGUUCAAUGGGAGUAGCAGAGAACGCGUUAUUAUUGUUUGUCCUUGUCACAGCCUCACAUUUUGUUAUUCCCCGCUAGUGAUUAUAUGCUCUUUGUUCCCCGCCAUGAAUUUAGCUAGGUAACAAUGAACCCGACCAACUUACGUAGGUUAUAAAACGUGUUUUUAAUUUCGUCGCAUUGCGCGUAUGUUAUUCCCUCACGGGCUGUGCUCAUGCGAUCAUGGGCGCACGCGUAUUGCAUAUCUCUAGAAAAUAUACUAAAUCAAUGGUAGGUAUAUCCAGCUUUUCCUUGGUUUGCCACGCCUCAUACAGUCUUCUAGAUCUGGAGCGUCGCGAAACGUCAACGAAAUUUCUAACUACCUAUAUGUAUGCCCCACCCCCUUCCCUUGGCCAUCGACCACUUAUGAACAUUAUAAUAAAAAUACUACUUUGCUAAUCCGUGAAAAGGUAACAACCUAGUCAAUCAGUGCCAACCCGUUAUACUUACUUGCGUAUUUUUUACAUGCAAUUAAUGACAAACCACCACCAAAAAUACAAAACUCAACACGUGUUUCGCCUCUCUACGAGGCUCUCUCGAAUGUUGAUGGUAUGACAUGACGUCCACCAAUAGUCGGCCAUAUUUAUACCUUGGCCACUAUCCCUCGUUAUAGGGAGCGUGCAUGAACUAUAGGAGGCAGCACAGGAGCCGUCAGAUUUUUGGCGCGAGGCGUAAAUGUGAUGUUUAUUAUUCCAAUGUAGCCCACAAGAUGGCAGAACCUACUAUGCACAAGAAAACACAUGACGUGUAAAUUUACAUGUUUUUUUUUUUUUUUUUUUUUAUGGCAUCGCGCUCCUGGCGCAUUCAGCCAAACGAGUAAAACGGGGAAACGGAAUUAAAGGAUUACAUUAUAACGGAUAUGUCGGAAUUUGGACAAGGAUCAGGGAAUGUUUACAUGUUUAUUGUUCCGAUUCAGGCCAAAAGAUGACAGACCCUCCAACGCGCACGGUCCCUAUACCUGUAAUAUAUUUGUUUUAAUUAGUACGGAUUUCCGCAAAGUAACGUCUGAUUUUAUUUAUUAUUUAAACGUCGAUUUUUAGGGUUCCGUAGCCAAAUGGCAAAAAACGGAACCCUUAUAGAUUCGUCAUGUCCGUCUGUCUGUCCGAUUCUGUCACAGCCACUUUUCUCCGAAACUAUAAGAGCUGUACUGUUCAAACUUAGUAAGUGGAUGUAUUCUAUGAACCGCAUUAAGAUUUUCACACAAAAAUAGAAAAAAAACAGUAAAUUUUGGGGGUUCCCCAUACUUAGAACUGAAACUCAAAAAAUCUUUUUUCAUCAAACCCAUACGUGUGGGGUAUUUAUGGAUAGGUCUUCAAAAAUGAUAUUGAGGUUUCUAAUAUCAUUUUUUUCUAAAAUGAAUAGUUUGCGCGAGAGACACUUCCAAAGUGGUAAAAUGUGUGUCCCCCCCCCCCCCCCCGUAACUUCUAAAAUAACAGAAUGAAAAAUCUAAAAAAAAUAUAUGAUAUACAUUGCUAUGUAAACUUCCACCGAAAAUUGGUUUGAACGAGAUCUAGUAAGUAGUUUUUUUUUAAUACGUCAUGAAAUUAAAAAAAAAAUUUUUUUCAUCAUACCCAUACGUGUGGGGUAUCUAUGGAUAGGUCUUCAAAAAUGAUAUUAAGGUUUCUAAUAUCAUUUUUUUCUAAACUGAAUAGUUUGCGCGAGAGAACCUUCCAAAGUGAAAAAAAGUGUGUCCCCCCCCCUGUAACUUCUAAAAUAACAGAAUGAAAAAUCUAAAAAAAAUAUAUGAUAUACAUUACCAUGCAAACUUCCACCGAAAAUUGGUUUGAACGAGAUCUAGUGAGUAGUUUUUUAGGGUUCCGUAGCCAAAUGGCAAAAAACGGAACCCUUAUAGAUUCGUCAUGUCCGUCUGUCUGUCCGAUUCUGUCACAGCCACUUUUCUCCGAAACUAUAAGAGCUGUACUGUUCAAACUUAGUAAGUGGAUGUAUUCUAUGAACCGCAUUAAGAUUUUCACACAAAAAUAGAAAAAAAACAGUAAUAUUUGGGGGUUCCCCAUACUUAGAACUGAAACUCAAAAAAUCUUUUUUCAUCAAACCCAUACGUGUGGGGUAUUUAUGGAUAGGUCUUCAAAAAUGAUAUUGAGGUUUCUAAUAUCAUUUUUUUCUAAAAUGAAUAGUUUGCGCGAGAGACACUUCCAAAGUGGUAAAAUGUGUGUCCCCCCCCCCCCCCGUAACUUCUAAAAUAACAGAAUGAAAAAUCUAAAAAAAAUAUAUGAUAUACAUUGCUAUGUAAACUUCCACCGAAAAUUGGUUUGAACGAGAUCUAGUAAGUAGUUUUUUUUUAAUACGUCAUGAAAUUAAAAAAAAAAAAUUUUUUUCAUCAUACCCAUACGUGUGGGGUAUCUAUGGAUAGGUCUUCAAAAAUGAUAUUAAGGUUUCUAAUAUCAUUUUUUUCUAAACUGAAUAGUUUGCGCGAGAGAACCUUCCAAAGUGAAAAAAAGUGUGUCC